AUCCAAUGAGCCGCCAUAUUAGGAAGCCAAACCCCUUCUUUCAUUCGGAUAAGAAAAAGACAGGAUAUACUUCCUUCCAGGAUAGUUUUGGGAAGUCGCUGUUGAGCGCUGGGAAUUUAAAUAUUGUUUUGGUUUUGAGUAUUAUCUCGGGUUAUUUAAAGUCUUCCAAUAAUGGCGACCGCGGCUGCAACUCCGACCGGGCAGAGAAGCACCACGUGCGGCAGCGGCGGCGGCGGCACACCGCUGAGCCCGACCAGGAUCACCAGACUGCAGGAGAAACACCAGCUGCGGGAACUCAACGACCGCCUGGCCGUUUACAUCGACACAGUCCGCAGUUUGGAGUCUGAGAACGACGUGCUCCACUUGCAAAUCAACGAGAAGGAAGACGUGAGGAGCCGGGAGGUGACCGGACUGAAAGCUCUGUACGAGACCGAGCUAGCCGACGCUAGACGCUGUCUGGAUGAGUCCUCCAAGGAGCGGGCCUGGCUGCAGAUUGAGCUGGGAAAGAUCAAAUCCGAGCAUGAGCAGCUUCUGCAGAACUACAGCAAAAAGGACUCUGAGGCAGCAGGAGCCCAAGCCAGGCUGAAGGACUUGGAUGCUCAGCUGAACUCUAAAGAGGCCAUGCUGGCCACAGCGCUGUCUGAGAAUAGAGGCCUGGAGGCUGCACUGGCUGACCUGCGAGAACAGCUGCAGGAGCUGGAUACAGGUCUCGCUCAGGCCAAGAAACACCUCGCAGAUGAGAUGCUGCUGCGCGUCGACAUGGAAAACCGCUGCCAGAGUCUGACAGAGGAAAUGGUCUUUCGCAAGAGCAUGCAAGAGGAGGAAUCGAAGGAAUCCCGGCAGCGGUAUGAGAACCGACUGGUGGAGGUGGACUCUGGACGGAAGGAAGAGUAUGAAUAUAAACUGACUCAGGCCCUGACUGACAUGAGGGCUCAGAAUGAGGAGCAGAUCAAGAUCUACAAGGACAACAUGGAGAGCACCUACGUGGCCAAACUGGACGACCUGCGUCGGUUGGCUGAGAUGAACGGAGCAUCGACCAACAUGGCCCGCGAGGAGCUCAGAGAGUCCACCUUGAGGAUCGAGAGCCUCACUGCCCAGCUGACAGGAAUGCAGAAGGAGACUCGUGGUUGGCGCGAUCGUAUCAUGGAGCUGGAGACGGCGUUGGGUCAGGAGAAAGACAAGAGCCGCAAGCUGCUGGCAGACAAAGACCGCGACUUGGCUGAGAUCCAGGCCAGGAUGCAGCAACAGCUCAAUGACUACGAACAGCUGCUGGAUGUUAAACUGGCGCUGGACAUGGAGAUCAACGCCUACCGCAAACUUCUGGAGGGAGAAGAAGAAAGACUGAAGCUGUCUCCCAGUCCUUCAGCUCGCGUCACGGUGUCUCGAGCCUCGUCCAGCAGCCGCAGCGUGCAGACCACCAAGGGAAAGAGGAAGCGCGUCGAUGUGGAGGAACAGGAGGCGAGCAGCUCGGUGUCCAUCGCUCAUUCUGCCUCGGCCACAGGACCGAUCUGCGUCGACGAGAUCGACACAGACGGCAAGUUCAUCUGCCUCGUCAACAGUGGAGAUGAGGAUCAGGCGAUGGUCGGUUUUGAGAUGAUUAAGACGAUUGAAAAUGCUACAGCCACCUACAAGUUCACACCCAAAUAUGUCCUGAAGGCUGGCCAGAAAGUCACGGUUUGGGCGUCUGAUGCUGGUGUGGGCUCCAAACCUCCCACAGACCUCGUGUGGAAGAACCAUUCCUCCUGGGGUUCAGGAGUGGAUGUCCAUGUGGUGCUAAUCAACCCUCAGGGAGAGGAAGUGGCAAAGAGAACCACAACAUACAAGACCGCAAUAGAAGAGGAGUUUGAGGAAGACGAUAACGGAGUGGAGGCCAUCGACGACGAUCUCUACCUCCAGCAGGAGGACCCUCGCACUGCGAAGAGAGGCUGCUCCAUCAUGUGAUCCCACUGAACACAACCAGUCACCUCCACCUCCGCUGAGCCCAGCCAGUCUGCUGCCAACUGUAAUACUAGAACUAUUUUUCUAUCUUUUGUAGUGUAUUUCAAUACAAAAAGGUUUUAUUUCUCAUAAAAAUGCAAAACUGAAUUUAGUAAAUGUAUUUUCAUCUGAAAAAAAAUAAUGUGGUUGUUGAACAAAAUUUGUAGUUCAGAAUUUUUUUUUUUUUUUUAUAAAACCAUGCAACAGGUAGCUAAACUCAAGGACCGACUGUGUCUUUUUAAGAAAACAAGUAUGUGAUUUUUUUAAUGGAUUUUAAUUUAGUUAUUUUAUUUUAUCUUAUUAUAUUAUUGAUGCUUUAUUUUAAGCUACAAGAAAAGCCACAGGAUGUCAGUGAUUAGAUUAGUUUAGGGGCUGGUUUAGCUCAAUUUGCUCAAAAUCCUACUGUAUUAUUAUUUAAAAAAAACAAAAAAACUUGGAAAAAAAUGCACUGAAAGGACAAAUACACUAAAAGCUCCACAGUAACGGGAGUUGAUGUAAUACAUUACUCUUCCCCCAUCAGUCUGGUACUUGACUGGACAAAAUGUCAGAAUAUGGAAACCUGUGAAUGGCAUUUUUCUAGUAUCUUUAGAAGAAGAAAAAAAAGAAAUACUGUGAUGGUUUGAUUGUAUUCAUAAGGAAAUCUGAGGACAGUUGAAGUUUGUAGUUGAAUUAUCUUAAUGCCCUUAUAUGUAAGAUUUGAAACUGUGGCUUUGAUAACUCCUCAUGGUAGUAGGAAAAAAGAUCUGACCUGGUAACUGAAAACUAGCCUGCCUCAAUUUUUCGUCUCCUUAUUCUACAACUAAAACAUGUGCCAUCGCAAUAAUUUGAUUCUACUCACAGAGGCUGUAAUGUACGACGGAGUAUUAGGGCCACAUUGAGGGAAAAUAAAUAAAUCUGAGAUUUCAAGAAUAGUCGUAAUAUUACGAGAAUAAGUCAUAGGUUUAAGAGAAAAAAGUCUUAAUAUUAUAAAGUAGUAAUUUUACGUGUUAUUUUAGAGGGGAAAUAGAGCAGCUGUGUGUAAAUGAGGAACGUCUUGUGAAGUUAAUCUUUAGUUUAGGUUUCACAAAUAAUGAAAUACACAUUGGCAAAUCAGCACCACAUUAUCAUAAGUAUUAGGAAAUUGAAAAGAUUGUGCAAGAAACAGCGUUUAUUUCUUAGAAAGAACCACAUGGACCUGAGGGGGAAACUGCCUCUUUUGUGGAGGAGGAAAUUACUUUUUUUCUCAUAAAAUUAUGACUUUAUUCUCGUAAUAUUACGACUUUUUAUUUUCAAAAUCUCAGAUUUUGUUUUUUCUCCCCUCAAUGUGGCCCUAAUACUCCGUUGUAGUAAUGUGAUGUCAUGCAGCAGUUUCACUCCACUGACUUUAAAUAAGCGUUGCACCACAAUUGAGAAGUGUUGAUUGUAUUCUUAACUUUUGAUAUUUUAUUAAGUGUUUGAAGUACUUUUUGUUUUGGUGUGUUUUAUUAUGCAUGCUAUGGCUGUAAUUAUCAUAGUUGAAUGAUUAAACAAGUUUUCUUGUA